AUGACAGACACAGCUCGCAAAGCACGCUCGGCAAUCUGCCACAAGUGUCGCGCUACGACCAAGAAGCUUUUCACCUGUAUUCAGUGCAACAAUCUAGCAUUUUGUGAUGAUUGCUGGUCCGAAUGGGAGCUUCACGAGCCGGGCGCCGUCGGUUGGGAUGGUCGACCGCACGAGAAGUCCAAUCCCCAAGUUGUCCAGAGAUUGCGGGAGAUCCUGGAGCCCACCCGCUCGGCGACAGAGCACGAACUCGAAUUCCAAUCGGAUGAGGAUACCACAUGGUUUGAAGUUGGGCGAGACUCAUCCAACCAACCCAUAUUGCAGGAUUAUGGUCGAUUCGCCACGUUGAUGAGCGAUAACCUAUCCUCAGACCAUGGGAACCGCUAUCCUCAGCUCGUGUCCUUCAUUGGACAAACAGGCUAG